GGCCAUCACAUAAGGGGCUUUGGGCGUAGGUCUUAUAAUAUAACCAAUGAGAAGGCAGCGAGUCGCGAAGUUUUCAAUGCCAAAUAUGCGGAAAGGCUUCACGAUUCUGUUAUUACAACUCUCGCUCUUUCUCCGUUUACCAAAUUUAUUGAUUUUUCUGCUUCCAUCGCCAUUUUACAUUAUUUAGCAGACGAUUUGGAGAACUGCCGACAUUUCUCUAUCUUCAUAAUGGAUUUGUGUUGGAAUUAUUUCAGUGUGUAUAUCACAUUUCUGACUUCAGUUUUAGCACAAAAUUCAAUAUCUAGUUUAUCUGACUGUCGAAGUCACCAACAUGCCUACACAACUCUGAUGAGAUAUCCUGAUGGACUCGAGGUAGAUGAAGGUCCCUACUGUCGGUGUUUAAACAUGGAUCAACCAGAAUCUAAUUGGGGACUGGAUAAUAAUAAUGUUUUAACUUGGCAACAUUAUGAAAGAGCCCAUUGGACUGUCCAGUACCGAUUCUGUGGGCCCAAGUUUCCCAGUAAUUUCAGAGAAUGCGAGGGUCGGGAACGAGCUGCGGUGGUACAAACAGAAACAACGGGCUGGCACCCUCAUCUACACGUCAACCGCUGUCGAUGUCCUAAAAAUAAACUCUAUCAGUUAAUGGGAUGGAAGAAGGAAAAUGGCCAGUGGAAUUAUUUUUAUAGUUGUUUAAAGGAUCAAUGUAAAGAGAAGAACAGUACAUGUGCCAGAAUCACUGUGGUCGAGGAGAAAAAUGAUGAUGGAGAAGAUUCUUUCGGGGUCAUAGAAAUGCAAUUAUUAUGUGCCUGUGGGGAGGGGCUUCUAUGCCCAGCCAAACUACAAGAUUACGACAGAGCACAUCUUCGACAGACAGGGGCAAGCUUCGUGGAAAAAAAAUGUGAGAGUAUUAAACAAACUGGUAAAGAGAAAACACGUUAGAAAUUUU